AUGAAUGAGCGCAAAAUUGCAAUUAUUAUUCAUGUUAAUAUUUCAUUGCCUAUACGAAAUGUUGAUAAUAAUAUAGAAAUAUCGACAAAUAAAUCUUUUGUAUGCCCAUGGUAUUGUUAUCCAGCUAUUAUAUUUAUUAUUCUUAUUUGUUUAAUUAUUCUUACUAUAUGCAUAUCAGCAUGUGAUUAUCGUUCUUCAAAAAAACAACAAGAAACAAAUAUUAUUAAACAAAAAACUGUCUCAUUAGAAAAUAAAGACGAUGAUGACAAAAAGACAAUAGAUAGUAUGUCACAAAAAGUAAUGAAAAAAUCUCAAGAUGAUGAUGCCAUCAGUUUAACUAGUACGAAUUCUGAUAAAAAAUAA